GAAGAGACCAUUCUGGCACAUACACACAUUCAUAACAGACAAGGACAAAGCACAAAGCUCCUUUUCUACACGUACCGCAGAGAGCUGCUGAGUGAUGAAGUUCAUGGGAAAAGUUGAAUGAAGGUAGAAAGUGUGUGUGAGCUGAUGUGGAUGUGAACUGAGCAGCAUGAAUCAGUGUGAGGACAGAGAGGAGGGAGUCCCUCCCUCUAAAACCACUCUGUGUGGGGAACAUGAGAGCCAGACCAAGGCUCAGAGGAUCCAACAGCAGAGACCAGACUCUCCUGAACCCAGCUGUCUGUCUUUCAAGAGCGACUGGUCAAAGGAAUUUGGCAUUGAAUUUAAAAGACAAUGUCCAUCUGCUGCUCAGAUAGUGGACCAGGAGAGCUCAGAGGCUCCCAGUAGUCAGUCUGUCCUACAGCAUCAAACACACCUGGACUCCAUAUUUCAGCUGCUGGAGGAGGACAUUGUCAGUUUUGUGAAGAAGGAGCUGAAGAAGAUCCAGAAGGUUCUGAGUCCAGAUUACCCAGGAUGCUUAGAGAGUCAGAGGGAGGAUGAGGAGGUGUUGGACAGUGAGGAUGAAGAGCAGAGGAGGAGCAGCAGAGAGGCAUUUCUGAAGAUCACACUGAACUUCCUGAGGAGAAUGAAGCAGGAGGAGCUGGCUGACUGUCUGCACAGCAGAACUCCGGCUACAUGCCAGUGCAAACUCAAGUCUAACCUGAAGGAGAAGUUCCAGUGUGUGUUUGAGGGGAUCGCUAAAGCAGGAAACCCAACACUUCUGAAUCAGAUCUACACAGAGCUCUACAUCACAGAGGGAGGGACUGGACAGGUCAAUGAUGAACAUGAGAUCAGACAGAUUGAAACAACAUCCAGGAAACUACACAGACCAGAAACAACCAUCAGACAAGAAGAGCUCUUUAAAGCCUCACCUGGAAGAGAUGAACCAAUCAGAACAGUGAUGACAAAGGGAGUGGCUGGCAUCGGGAAAACAGUCUUAACUCAGAAGUUCACUCUGGACUGGGCUGAAGACAAAGCCAACCAGGACAUACACUUCACAUUUCCAUUCACUUUCAGAGAGCUGAAUGUGCUGAAAGAGAAAAAGUUGAGCUUGGUGGAACUUGUUCAUCACUUCUUUACUGAAACCAAAGAAGCAGGAAUCUGCAGGUUUGAAGAGUUCCAGGUUGUGUUCAUCUUUGACGGUCUGGAUGAGUGUCGACUUCCUCUGGACUUCCACAACACUGAGACCCUGACUGAUGUUACAGAGUCCACCUCAGUGGAUGUGCUGCUGACAAACCUCAUCAGGGGGAAACUGCUUCCCUCUGCUCGCCUCUGGAUAACCACACGACCUGCAGCAGCCAAUCAGAUCCCUCCUGAGUGUGUUGACAUGGUGACAGAGGUCAGAGGGUUCACUGACCCACAGAAGGAGGAGUACUUCAGGAAGAGGUUCAGAGAUGAGGAGCAGGGUAACAGGAUCAUCUCCCACAUCGAGACCUCACGAAGCCUCCACAUCAUGUGCCACAUCCCAGUCUUCUGCUGGAUCACUGCUUCAGUUCUGGAGGAUGUGUUGAAAACCAGAGAAGGAGGAGAGCUGCCCAAGACCCUGACUGAGAUGUACAUCCACUUCCUGGUAGUUCAGAUCAAACUGAAGAACAUCAAGUAUGAUGGAGGAGCUGAGACAGAUCCACACUGGAGUCCAGAGAGCAGGAAGAUGAUUGAGUCUCUGGGGAAACUGGCUUUUGAGCAGCUGCAGAAAGGAAACCUGAUCUUCUAUGAAUCAGACCUGACAGAGUGUGGCAUCGAUAUCAGAGCAGCCUCAGUUUACUCAGGAGUGUUCACACAGAUCUUUAAAGAGGAGAGAGGACUGUACCAGGACAAGGUGUUCUGCUUCGUCCAUCUGAGUGUUCAGGAGUUUCUGGCUGCUCUUCAUGUCCAUCUGACCUUCAUCAACUCUGGACUCAAUCUGCUGUCAGAAGAACAAUCAACCUCCAGGAAGUCUGAAACAAGAAUAGAUGAAUCUGUAGAGACACUCUUCUACCAGAGUGCUGUGGACAAGGCCUUACAGAGUCCAAAUGGACACCUGGACUUGUUCCUUCGCUUCCUCCUGGGUCUUUCACUGCAGACCAAUCAGACUCUCCUACAAGGUCUGGUGACUCAGACAGGAAGUGGCUCACAGACCAAUCAGGAAACAGUCCAGUACAUCAAGAAGAAGAUUGAAGAGACUCCCUCUGCAGAGAAAAGCAUCAACCUGUUCCACUGUCUGAAUGAACUGAAUGAUCGUUCUCUAGUGGAGCAGAUCCAACAGUACCUGAGACCAGGAAGAAUCUUCACAAAUGAGCUGUCUCCUGCUCAGUGGUCAGCUCUGGUCUUCAUCUUACUGUCUUCUGAAAAAGAUCUGGACGUGUUUGACCUGAAGAAAUACUCUGCUUCAGAGGAGGCUCUUCUGAGGCUGCUGCCAGUGGUCAAAGUCUCCAACAAAGCUCUGCUGAGUGGCUGUAACCUCUCAGAGAGAAGCUGUGAAGCUCUGGUCUCAGUUCUCAGCUCUGAGUCCUCUACUCUGAGAGAGCUGGACCUCAGUAACAACAACCUGCAGGAUUCAGGAGUGAGGCUUUUGUCCACUGGACUGAAGAGUCCACACUGUAUGCUGGAAUCUCUCAGGCUGUCAGGCUGUCUGAUCACAGAGGGGGGCUGUGCUUCUCUGGCCUCAGCUCUGAGCUCCAACCCCUCCCAUCUGAGAGAGCUGGACCUGAGCUACAAUCAUCCAGGAGACGCAGGAGCCAGGCCAUUAUAUACUGGUCUGGAGGAUCCACUAUGGAGACUGGACACUCUCAGUUUGGAGCCAGGUGGAGUCCAAUGGUUGAAACCAGGUCUAAGGAAGUAUUCCUGUGAACUCACACUCGACACAAACACAGCACACAGAAACCUUAAACUGUCUGACAACAACAGGAAGGUGACACAUGUGAGAGAGGAUCAGCCAUAUCCUGAUCAUCCAGAUAGAUUCGACCUCCGGUCUCAGUUGCUGUGUAGAAAUGGUCUGACUGGUCGCUGUUACUGGGAGGUCCAGACAGAAGGAGAGGUUGAUAUAUCAGCAACUUACAGAGGAAUCAAAAGGAGAGGAAGCAGUUACGACUGCUGGCUUGGAAGGAAUGAUCAGUCCUGGACUUUAAGCUGCUUUGAAGAUGGUUACUCUGUCUGUCACAAUAAUCAAAUAACAUUUGUCUGUCUCCCCUCUUCUCCCUCCCCUUCGUCUUCCUCCUCCUCCUCUGUCUCUAACAGAGUAGGAGUGUAUGUGGACUGUCCUGCUGGCACUCUGUCCUUCUACAGAGUCUCCUCUGACACACUGAUCCACAUCCACACCUUCAACACCACAUUCACUGAGCCUCUGUAUCCUGGGUUUGGGUUUGUCCCUGACACCUCAUUGUCUCUGUGUGACCUGGGAGAGGAAGUAUUAAUUUGUUCCAGCUGCUGGAGGAGGAACAUUGUUACUUUUGUGAAGAAGGAGCUGAAGAAGAUCCAGAAGGUUCUGAGUCCAGAUUACCCAGAAUGCUUAGAGAGUCAGAGGGAGGAUGAGGAGGUGUUGGACAGUGAGGAUGAAGAGCAGAGGAGGAGCAGCAGAGAGGCAUUUCUGAAGAUCACACUGAACUUCCUGAGGAGAAUGAAGCAGGAGGAGCUGGCUGACUGUCUGCACAGCAGAUACAUUGCUCCACUUUGUCAACAUAAAUUCAAGUCUAACCUGAAGGAGAAGUUCCAGUGUGUGUUUGAGGGGAUCGCUAAAGCAGGAAACCCAACACUUCUGAAUCAGAUCUACACAGAGCUCUACAUCACAGAGGGAGGGACUGGACAGGUCAAUGAUGAACAUGAGAUCAGACAGAUUGAAACAACAUCCAGGAAACUACACAGACCAGAAACAACCAUCAGACAAGAAGAGCUCUUUAAAGCCUCACCUGGAAGAGAUGAACCAAUCAGAACAGUGAUGACAAAGGGAGUGGCUGGCAUCGGGAAAACAGUCUUAACUCAGAAGUUCACUCUGGACUGGGCUGAAGACAAAGCCAACCAGGACAUACACUUCACAUUUCCAUUCACUUUCAGAGAGCUGAAUGUGCUGAAAGAGAAAAAGUUGAGCUUGGUGGAACUUGUUCAUCACUUCUUUACUGAAACCAAAGAAGCAGGAAUCUGCAGGUUUGAAGAGUUCCAGGUUGUGUUCAUCUUUGACGGUCUGGAUGAGUGUCGACUUCCUCUGGACUUCCACAACACUGAGACCCUGACUGAUGUUACAGAGUCCACCUCAGUGGAUGUGCUGCUGACAAACCUCAUCAGGGGGAAACUGCUUCCCUCUGCUCGCCUCUGGAUAACCACACGACCUGCAGCAGCCAAUCAGAUCCCUCCUGAGUGCGUUGACAUGGUGACAGAGGUCAGAGGGUUCACUGACCCACAGAAGGAGGAGUACUUCAGGAAGAGGUUCAGAGAUGAGGAGCAGGGUAACAGGAUCAUCUCCCACAUCGAGACCUCACGAAGCCUCCACAUCAUGUGCCACAUCCCAGUCUUCUGCUGGAUCACUGCUUCAGUUCUGGAGGAUGUGUUGAAAACCAGAGAAGGAGGAGAGCUGCCCAAGACCCUGACUGAGAUGUACAUCCACUUCCUGGUGGUUCAGUCCAAAGUGAAGAACAUCAAGUAUGAUGGAGGAUCUGAGACAGAUCCACACUGGAGUCCAGAGAGCAGGAAGAUGAUUGAGUCUCUGGGGAAACUGGCUUUUGAGCAGCUGCAGAAAGGAAACCUGAUCUUCUAUGAAUCAGACCUGACAGAGUGUGGCAUCGAUAUCAGAGCAGCCUCAGUUUACUCAGGAGUGUUCACACAGAUCUUUAAAGAGGAGAGAGGACUGUACCAGGACAAGGUGUUCUGCUUCGUCCAUCUGAGUGUUCAGGAGUUUCUGGCUGCUCUUUAUGUCCAUCUGACCUUCACCAACUCUGGACUCAAUCUGCUGUCUGAAGAACAAUCAACCUCUGGGAAGUCUGAAACAAGAAAAGACAAUUUUGCUGUAACUCAGUUCUACCAGAGUGCUGUGGACAAGGCCUUACAGAGUCCAAAUGGACACCUGGACUUGUUCCUUCGCUUCCUCCUGGGUCUUUCACUGUGGACCAAUCAGAUUCUCCUACGAGGUCUGCUGACAAAGGGAUUAAAUACUGUGCUGACCUAUCACAAAAUAGUUCAAUACAUCCAGAGAAUGAUCAGUGAGAAUUUCUCUACAGAAAAAACCAUCAACCUGUUCCACUGUCUGAAUGAACUGAAUGAUCGUUCUCUAGUGGAGGAGAUCCAACAGUACCUGAGUUCAGGACGUCUCUCUACAGAUGAACUGUCUCCUGCUGAGUGGUCAGCUCUGGUCUUCAUCUUACUGUCUUCUGAAAAAGAUCUGGACGUGUUUGACCUGAAGAAAUACUCUGCUUCAGAGGAGGCUCUUCUGAGGCUGCUGCCAGUGGUCAAAGCCUCCAACAAAGCUCUGCUGAGUGGCUGUAACCUCUCAGAGAGAAGCUGUGAAGCUCUGGUCUCAGUUCUCAGCUCCCAGUCCUCUAGUCUGAGAGAGCUGGACCUGAGUAAGAACAACCUGCAGGAUUCAGGAGUCAAGCUGCUGUCCAUUGGACUGGAGAGCCCAUACUGUAUGCUGGAAUGUCUCAGACUGAGUGGCUGUAACCUUACAGGGAGGAGCUGUGAAGCUCUGUCCUCAGCUCUUAGCUCCCAGUCCUCUAGACUGAGCAAGUUGGACUUGAGUGACAACAACCUGCUGGAUUCAGGAGUAAAGCUGCUAACAGCUGGACUACAGAGUCAACACUGUACACUGGUGACUCUAGGGCUGUCAGGCUGUCUGAUCACAGAGGAGGGCUGUGCUUCUCUGGCCUCAGCUCUGAGCUCCAACCCCUCCCAUCUGAGAGAGCUGGACCUGAGCUACAAUCAUCCAGGAGAGUCAGGAGUCAAGCUGCUAUCAGCUGGACUUAAAGAUCCACACUGGAGACUGGACUCUCUCAGGAUGGAGCCUCGAGGAGUACAAUGGCUGAGACCAGGUCUGAGGAAGUAUUUCUGUGAACUCACACUUGACACAAACACAGCACACAGAAAAAUCAAACUGUCUGACAACAAUAGGAAGGUGACACAUGUGAGAGAUAAUCAGCCAUAUCCUGAUCAUCCAGACAGAUUUGACCAGUGUCCUCAGCUGCUGUGUACAAAUGCUCUGACUGGUCGCUGCUACUGGGAGGUUGAGAAGAAAGGAGAUGUUCUAGUAGCAGUGACAUACAGAGGAAUCAGCAGGAGAGGAGACAGUGCUGACUGCCGGUUUGGAGAGAAUCAACACUCCUGGAGUCUGUUCUGUUAUGGUGAUCGUGUCUCUGUCUGGCACAAUAACAGACAAACACUCAUCCCUCGCUCCUCCUCCUCUGUCUCUAACAGAGUAGGAGUGUAUGUGGACUGUCCUGCUGGCACUCUGUCCUUCUACAGAGUCUCCUCUGACACACUGAUCCACAUCCACACCUUCAACACCACAUUCACUGAGCCUCUGUAUCCUGGGUUUGGGGUCUGUUCUGGAUCCUCAGUGUCUCUGUGUUUUCCUCCUCCUGUUAGAGAAACAGUGUAUAAAGGUAGAAGGCUGAUGGGAGCAGCAUCUGCCAAGGUGCUGCAGGUUGUUACCAACAUGGAAAGACUGAGUGGCUGUAACCUCUCAGAGAGAAGCUGUGAAGCUCUGUCCUCAGUUGUGAGCUCCCAGUCCUCUACUCUGAGAGAGCUGGACCUCAGUAACAAUGACCUUAAAGAUGCAGGAGUGAAGUUGCUUUCUUCUGGAUUGGAGAGUCCACUAUGUACACUGGAAACUCUCAGGCUGUCAGGCUGUCUGAUCACAGAGGAGGGCUGUGCUUCUCUGGCCUCAGCUCUGAGCUCCAACCCCUCCCAUCUGAGAGAAGCUGGACCUGCUACAAUCAUCCAGGAGACGGGAGUGAAGCUGCUGUCUUCACAGUGGAGACUGGACUCUCUCAGGAUGGAGCCUCGAGGAGUACAAUGGCUGAGACCAGGUCUGAGGAAGUAUUCCUGUGAACUCACACUCGACACAAACACAGCACACAGAAACCUUAAACUGUCUGAGAAAAAUAGGAAGGUGACAUAUGUGAGAGAGGAUCAGCCAUAUCCUGAUCAUCCAGAUAGAUUUGAUUUCUGGUCUCAGCUGCUGUGUAGAAAUGGUCUGACUGGUCGCUGUUACUGGGAGGUUGAGUGGAGAGGAGAGGUUGGUAUAUCGGUGACUUACAGAGGAAUCGAAAGAAGAGGAGACAGUAAUGACUGUGUGUUUGGAAGGAAUGAUCAUUCCUGGAGUCUGAGCUGCUCUGCUGGUGGUUACUCUGCAUGUCACAGUAACAGACUGACCUCUAUCCCCACCACCCCUGUCUCUAACAGAGUAGGAGUGUAUGUGGACUGUCCUGCUGGCACUCUGUCCUUCUACAGAGUCUCCUCUGACACACUGAUCCACAUCCACACCUUCAACACCACAUUCACUGAGCCUCUGUAUCCUGGGUUUAUCAUCUGGUUGUCUGGUUCCUCAGUGUCUCUGUGUUCAAUGAAGCAGAGAUAGUCUCAUUCUGUUAGAGGAACUUUCUCACUGUUGAACAGAGAGUUCAGUCUGUACAUGUUCGUAACUUUCACUCACACACACUGUCAGAUUAAUGUAUUAUAUCAGUUUAUUUUUUAAACUCCUCUAAAUGGUUCCCUGUGAACUUCUUGCUCUUUCAGUUCUUUAAAGACGGAAGUUAUGAUUAUUACAGGUUAAAAAUGUUGUUGACUUGCUAUUAAGUAUUUUCGGUCUCUAUCCAGUUAAAACACUGCAGUGAAUAUCAGGAUUUUGUCUUUCUCUGAAGGUCAGUUCAAGAGAGGCAAUUCAAUUCAUCUCAGUUGCAGAUAUUCAUAUCUGAUAUGAUUUAUUUACUGUAAUAAUGAUGAGGUGAUACUUUAACUUGUCUAAGAUGGUAAAAUAUGUGUAAAUCUUUAUCUUGAAUAAAUAAAUUCAGUGAAAAUGUGAGGGGGGAAAAAAGCCUGUGUGAACGAGUGAAGUGAUCAUGUAGCUCACAGUUAGAAGUAGUUGUACAGGCUGCAGGUUUGAAAGGUCAGUGUCCAGAAGAAACACUUAAAUCCCCUGACAAGUGAAACUUCUGAAUCCUGUAUGUUCCUGCAGGUGUUGCUCAGAGAACUCUAUACCUUGAUUAAAAGAAAGGAAAAGAUGUCGCACAUGUUGAUGAUGCUGAUUAGUAAAACCAGAGCUGGACCUUUCUAUAGAAUAUUAAGAUUUGUGAAUGUUAACAUUAACAUAAAGAAAAAAAAUGUAGAAAAUAUCAAAUGUAGAAAACAAUAAGAUAUAACACUGAGCUUUGGUGCAUGACACUUAGUCCAGUCCUGACAAUAUUAUACAGUUAGCUUUGGCUCAACAAUGUAAAGAUAAGCCUAUAGGCUAUGGUUGCAGCUUUAAACUUAAAUAUGUUUUUAUUCAGAAUUUAUUUAAGCAAGCACCCGUGACAAAGCAUCACCUCCAAGGAGGAACACAUUUUUUAUAAUUAGUGAAUCCAAUUCAUCAGUCUCAGAAGCCUGCCCAAUCCCAUUGAUUUUUAUCCUCUACUCCUAAACAGGCAAAUGACUGGAUCUGAAUAAAAAUGUAUUAACUACUGUCUGCUAACACAGGGUAAAUGCAAUGAGUGAUAAUCAAGCAACAAUGCAAAAUGGAGCAAAUGAACAACAUUAACUAGUAUCUGAGGAAAUGAGCAAUAUGGUGAGGUGGACAGUGGUGGGAGAGAAUAUGUUUAGGCUA